UGGGUCACGUGACCGUUUUGCUGUGACGGAUUUUCUCUCCCUCACCUUUCGACUCCAUUUUUUGCUUAGCUCUCUCUCCCUCCCUCUCCUCCGCCUCUGAUUUAAGACACCAUGGAUGAGGAAUACGAUGUAAUCGUUCUAGGAACGGGCCUGAAAGAAUGCAUUCUUAGCGGCUUGUUGUCUGUAGCUGGCAAGAAAGUCCUCCACAUGGAUAGGAAUAAAUACUAUGGUGGCGAAUCUGCCUCUGUCAUCCUUGACGAUUUCUAUAAAAUUCAUGGGAAAGAGGCACCGGAAAACAUGGGGCGUUCCAGGGACUGGAACAUUGACCUUGUCCCAAAAUUCAUCAUGGCUAACGGGGAGCUUGUUAAGCUCCUCAUACACACCGGGGUGACCAGAUAUUUGGAAUUCAAGCAAGUUGAUGGUAGCUAUGUGUUUAAGAAAGGUGGAAAGAUUCACAAAGUUCCUUCCACUGAGGCAGAGGCACUCUCUACCUCAUUAAUGGGUCUGUUGGAAAAGAGAAGGUUCAAGAACUUCCUCCAGUUUGCUUAUGAUUAUGAACCUGACAAGCCAGCCACACACAAGGGCAUUGAUCCAAAGGGUACCAUGAAAGCUGUCUAUGAUAAAUAUGGACUUGACGAUAACACUGCCUCUUUUACAGGCCACGCCCUUGCUUUGCAUAGGGACGACAAUUACUUAACCGAGCCCUGUCUUGAUACAAUUAAGCGCAUACAGCUGUACGGUACCUCAAUCCAGCGUUAUGGUAAAUCACCAUAUCUCUAUCCUUUGUACGGCCUUGGAGAACUGCCACAGGGUUUUGCCAGGCUCAGUGCUAUAUAUGGUGGCACGUACAUGCUUGACAAGCAGAUAGAUGAGAUUAUUUAUGAAGGUGGGGUCGCUGUGGGAGUCAAAUCUGGUGGAGAGAUUGCCAAAUGUAAAAAUGUGAUUGGUGAUCCAUCUUAUUUCACUGAUAAAGUAGAGAAACGUGGACAGGUUGUGAGGGCAAUAUAUAUACUGAAUCAUCCCAUUCCAAACACAAAGGACUCUCCAUCUUGUCAGAUCAUUUUACCUCAGAGUCAAGUUGGGAGACAAUCAGAUAUCUAUGUCUGCUGUGUCUCUCACACUCACAAUGUUGCUGCUAAGAGCUACUACAUUGCCACCAUUAGCACUACUGUAGAGACAUCAAACCCAGAGAAUGAGAUUAAAGUAGCUCAAGACCUUCUUGGACCAAUUGCUGCUGGCCCAUUUGUGACUGUGAAGGAUUUGUAUCACCCUGUUGAUAAAGGGCUGGAGAGCAGGGUCUUCAUAUCAUCAAGCUAUGAUGCUACUACACACUUUGAAACCACUUGUACUGAUGUAGUUGAUAUAUAUGAGAGGAUAAUGGGAGAGCCUUUUGAUUUCUCCAAAGUGCAGACUCAGGUCGAGACUGUGGAGCAGUGAUUACUUCUGGAUGGCUGCAUUAAAUCCUUUUCUAUACAGGACUUAUAAUUACCUUAUUAUUAUUAUUAUUAUUAUUAUUAUUAAUGAAACUUGCUCAUUAUUGCUUGGUUCCUUACAUUAGGCUUCUAGUGAGUGCAGUAUUGUUAUUAUUAUUAUUGUUAUUAUUAUUAUAUUAUUAUGCUUCUUUUUGUUUAGAUUGUAAUUUUUAGAAUAUGAGCUUGGAUGCUUGCUUAAUUGUUUGUGUGUGUGUGUAUUAUCUUUUGACCUUUCAUAAUAAUUUAAUUUUGAACAAUUGAAUAUUAAAAUAGAAUUUGAUUUAUGUUUUUCUUUCAGUUUGUUGUAGAAUUGA